AUACACACAACACACACCUCAAAGUCGGUUUGCUUUUAAAUACAUAGAGAGAUAGAAACCCCAACAAGCAAAACAGUAAAGCACCAGAAAGUAAAAAAUGAUAAUGAAAGGUCUUCAUCUCAACCUCUUCCUAGUCACCAUGACGGUCGUUGCUUCCAUCUCCGCGGCUGCACCGGCGGCUCCAGCGGGUGGAGCUUUAGCUGACGAAUGCAGCCAGGACUUUACGAAGGUGACUUUGUGCUUGGACUUUGCGACCGGGAAGGCAACGACUCCAUCUAAGAAGUGUUGUGACGCUGUGGAAGAUAUCAAAGAAAGAGAUCCAAAGUGUUUGUGUUACGUGAUGCAGCAAGCGAAGACAGGAGGACAAGCCUUGAAGGAUCUUGGUGUUCAAGAAGACAAACUCAUUCAGCUUCCAACUUCUUGUCAGCUCCACAACGCUAGCAUCGCCAACUGUCCAAAGCUCCUAGGGAUUUCGCCGAGCUCGCCAGAAGCAGCCGCAUUCGCAAACAAUGCCACAUCAUCAACAGCACCAGUGGCGCCAGGGGGUAAAUCUCCAGCAACUCCAGCCACGUCCACGGAUAAGGGAGGAUCAUCUUCCACAAGGGAUGGUCAUGCCGUCUUGGCACUAGCCAUCACUUUGAUCACCGUCUCCUUCGUCUCGACCUUGCCUAGACAUGUGACAUUAGGGAUGUAAUAAUGUUUUCUUUAUAAUGUGGUUGGUUGGUGCCUUUGUUUUUGCCACUUUGUUUCAAAAUUUCAAAACUAUCUUUCAAGUGUGUUAUUUCUUUGUUCGGACAUUUGUUGCCUUGAGUCAACUUCCCACUUAAAUUUGAUCUCUUUCCCCACGCAAUUAAAUUUGUCCAACGUUCAAACAGGA